CAUCAACCGGAUGUGUAUGAGCUGCAACACUUGGACAGUUGGUCGAGCCGUCAUAGUUUAGAGGCUGCUCUCUGCUUCAACUAACAAUCUUGCAUUUGUCUGAACGGACUAAAAAUGCUCUCCUACAUCAUUGGCCUCAUCAGGGGCGGCUUUGACGGCAUCAUCAACCUCAUCUUCAGGCUGUUCUUCUCCAAACGCAGACCUGCCAUCACCUUAGAGGACCCCAACAUUAAAUACGCCCUGCGGCUCAUAGAUAAACAGAUCGUCAGUCAUGAUACGAGGAAGUUCCGCUUUGCUCUGCCUUCUGCUGAGCACGUCCUCGGUCUGCCUAUUGGGCAGCACAUCUAUCUGUCCGCUAAAGUCGAUGGGAAGCUGGUCGUCCGUCCUUACACACCGGUGUCCAGUGAUGACGACAGCGGUUACGUAGAGCUGGUGGUGAAGGUUUACUUUAAAGACGUUAACCCUAAAUUUCCAGAGGGUGGGAAGAUGAGCCAGUAUUUGGAGAACCUCAAGAUCAAUGACACGAUUGAUUUCAGAGGACCCAGUGGCCUUCUCGUUUACAAAGGCAAAGGUGUUUUUGACAUUCAGCCUGAUAAAAAGACUCCGGCUGUGACCAAAACGGCUAAACAUGUGGGCAUGAUUGCUGGAGGGACAGGCAUAACUCCCAUGCUGCAGAUCGUCACAGCCAUCAUGAAGGACCCUGAAGACCAGACCGUGUGCCACCUGCUGUUUGCCAACCAGACUGAGAAGGACAUCCUGCUGCGAGAAGAGCUGGAGGAGAUUCAAGUCAACCACCCGGAGCGCUUCAAGCUGUGGUUCACUGUCGACAGAGCGCCUGAAGGCUGGGAGUACAGUGAGGGCUUCAUCAGCGAGGACAUGGUGAGGGAACACCUCCCACCCCCCACAGAUGACACCCUCGUCCUGAUGUGUGGGCCUCCGCCAAUGAUCCAGUUCGCCUGCAACCCCAACCUGGACAAACUCGGCCACUCAAACAGCCGGAGAUUCGUCUUCUAGACGUCUGUCCUCACAGGAGUCGAGGUUUGCUUAUUUAAAGGGUCUCCAGUAUCGUCUCUGCUCUGAAAGCACUAAGAGUUUUGCACACGUAUAGCAUUCAUAUGGCUGAUAUUCAUCAUGUGACAUAAUCACAGCAAGGACCAAUAUGGGUUUGAUGGAAAGGCGGGGAGUCGUAAGUUAAAAGUAUGUGAUGUGGGGUUUUUUGUUUUGUUUCUGGCAAUGGUUCUCGGAUGUUUGGUGUUAAAUGAGGAUGUUACUAUGAAACUCUUGUGCUGGAGCUUCAGUUUGGUUUUAAUCAGUGCCUUAACACCUGCAAAGCUUUUUCUAAUGCACAUGAAGACUUGUAACUUGCUUCAUUCAGAGUUGUUGAUCAUGUCAAACCUGCCGUUGUCAAAGAUUAUUAUUGUUAUGGCUGAAACAUGUUCACUGGUUAUUUAUUGACAACUAAGUGAAGUAUGCUCUUGAAAUCUGGCAGCUGCUUGUGUUCAGAUGUGCAACAUAACUAUCAACUGCUACUGAAUUAUUGAUACACAGAUCCCAACUGUUUAUAUAAAAAAGGGAAAGAACACUGCCAAGUGAGUUUUUCAUUUUUAUUAUCAAAAAUUUAAAAACAAGCAGAGUACAUCUAUAACACUUAAACAUGUUGCCUUUGGUUUCAGUGAUUGUCUUUUAGGACCUUCAGGGACAUGCACUUAUAUUGAUUCAUAAAUAUAAACCAACAUGUCAUCUUGUUUAAAGAAGGUCGACUAGUUAAGUGUUUCCAUUAAGAAAAAGAGAUGUAACGUUAUUAAGUCAACUUGAGAUGUGAUAUUUAACCUGGUUACAGCAUGUUGAUCUCAGUGGGGUCUCUUUCAAUUUAGGAUCGUUACUUAACCAUCAAUGGUAAUCUGACACUUAUUUAGCAACUUUGUGUAAAAAAAACAAAAACAAACUUGUAAUGUUGACCAUGUGUAAACAUGCAUUUUCCUUUUAAAUCUGUUACUUCCAGGUUUAUGAGUGAAUCCUGUUCUGAAAGAGGUCCCACCAUGGAGGUCUGCAGCCAGACCCUUUUCCAUUUGUCGAGGUUUUGACAUUAACGAUGAGUAUCUGUGUCUGCCAGUAAAGUCAAAACCCAAACAAAUACAUUUAAAAUGUAGCUUCUUUCCAACAAGCUGAUAUCUUCCGUACCAUUUAAAAAAAAAAAAAAAAAAAGUUAAACACAACCAAGUCCUG